CCAGAAGCUGUCUGCCCAGCAAGAGGCCGAACGACAAGCCAUCCAAUCACUGCGAGGAGGCGGGGCUCUAACGGGGAAGUUUCUCUCCACGUCCUCACUACCUGCAGGGGUCGGACACGAUGUGGAGACUCCGCCCACCAGCUCUCAUUCUGCCCAUUCCUCAUUACUGCAACAUGUACUGCUGCUGGAGCAGGCCCGGCAACAGACUGCUAUGCUAGCUGUCCCCAUGUACAGCCAGUCGCCGCUGGUUACGGCAGAGAGGGGCGUGUCGGGUGGCAUGCGGACGGUCAACAAGCUGCCUCGCCAUCGCCCGUUGGCUCGUACCCAGAGUGCACCUUUGCCCCAGUCCCCCCAAGCCCUGCAGCAGCUGGUGGUUCAGCAGCAACACCAGCACUUCCUGGAGAAACACUACAAGAUGCUGUCAAAGGGGGCUGAACUUCCCAGACCGCCCCCCACCCACCCAGAGGAGACGGAGGAGGAGCUAACAGAGACCAAUGACAUGCAGGAGGAUGACGGAGGGGCAGGACCUCACAGGCUUCAGAAGGAGGGGUCAGACGACAGCACGCCCUCCUCUGAGAGACUCAGCGUGCACCUGAAGUCUGAGGACGAGCGCGGGGGCAUGCAGGUGAAAGGGGAGAGUACCGAGAGUGAGCUGGAUGAAGAGGAGGAGGACGAAGAUGUCAUCCAGCUGGAGGAGGCUGACGAGGACGACAGGGGGAUGUACACGCAG